AUGAAGAAUGGACGCAAAACGUCAAGAGGAGGACGCGCCGCCGGCCCCGAGCCCCCCCUAGCUAACGCCCACCCCGGCAGCGAGGGGGCCCACCGCGUGGCGCACGGUUCGGCGGCCCCGUGGUGUUUCUUCGCCCGCCCCCUUGCGUCCGAACGGGGCGCCCGGGGCGCGCUCGCGGCCCGCCUCGCGGCCCGCCUCGCUCCAGUGUCUCUCUGUCGGACAAGGCCCCCAGCAAUCUUGUGGUGGGCCUCGUCGUUGGUUUUGAUUGGUCGGGAGGGCGCCUACUUCGUUUCCUCGCCGGAUCUCGGAUGGGCCCUCGCCCCAUUGUUACGGUUGGGUGGCCACCAACAUUGCCCCCGCGGCCCCUGCCUUUUCGGUUGCAUGCGCAAAAACGAACAUGGUCGCGCACUCGCGCAGGCGCGGGGGCCAUGCGUCACCUAG